AGGACUUUGGAUGCUGCUCCAGUAAUGGAUCAAAGGAAGAAUGACAGCAUUGUCCCUAGUAUCACUCAAUUAGAAGAUUUUCUUACAGAACACAAUUCCAAUGUUGUUUGGCUCCUUGUUGCUACCAUUUUGUCCUGUGGGUGGAUUAUUUACCUCACAUAUUAUAAUUCUCGGAAUGUUGGUCUUAUUUUAACACUGGUUCUUAACAGAUUAUACAAACAUGGCUAUAUCCAUAUUGGUUCCUUCUCUUUCUCUGUUCUUUCUGGAAAAGUCAUGGUUCGUGAAAUUUAUUACAUUACAGAAGACAUGUCUAUUAGAAUUCAAGAUGGAUUUAUCAUUUUUCGGUGGUGGAAAAUGUAUAACCCAAAGCAGAAGCAACAUGAUCCAAAGGCAGAAACCAGGUUAUACAUCACAGUCAAUGACUUUGAAUUUCAUGUGUAUAAUCGUUCGGAUCUUUAUGGACACCUUCAAGAAUUGUUUGGUUUGGAGCCAACAAUAAUUCCACCCAAGAAAGAGGAUGAAAAAACACGAGAAAAUGGAAGAACAAGAACCCAGUCCAAAAUUGAAAGAGUUCAAGUAAAAACAGAAUCCCAAGACCCCACAUCUUCAUGGAGAUCACUUAUUCCAGUCAUAAAGGUCAAUGUGAGCACAGGACGUUUGGCCUUUGGAAAUCAUUACCAGCCUCAAACUCUGUGCAUCAACUUUGAUGACGCUUUCUUAACUUAUACUACAAAACCUCCUUCAAGUCAUCUUGACCAAUUCAUGCAUAUCGUGAAAGGAAAGCUUGAAAAUGUUCGAGUCAUGCUUGUUCCUAGCCCAAGAUAUGUUGGUCUUCAAAACGAUGAACCACCAAGAUUAAUGGGAGAAGGUUUUGUGGUGAUGCAGUCAAAUGAUGUUGACAUCUACUAUUACAUGGAUGAGCCAGGACUUGUUCCAGAAGAAACAGAAGAAAACAUUGAAGGAGAAAUGAGCGGUGAGGAUUGCAAAUUACAAGACUUGCCUCCAUGUUGGGGACUGGAUAUAGUCUGUGGUAAAGGAACAGAUUUUAAUUAUGGACCAUGGGCCGAUAGGCAGAGAGAUUGUUUAUGGAAAUUUUUCUUUCCACCUGAUUAUCAAGUUCUGAAAGUUUCUGAAAUUGCGCAGUCUGGGAGACCAAGACAGAUUCUUGCUUUUGAACUACGAAUGAAUAUUAUUGCAGAUGCAACAAUUGACUUGCUGUUUACCAAAAAUAGGGAAACAAAUGCUGUACAUGUGAAUGUAGGAGCUGGCUCAUAUUUAGAAAUUAAUAUUCCAAUGACAGUGGAAGAAAAUGGUUACACCCCUGCAAUUAAAGGACAACUCUUACAUGUUGAUGCCACUACCAGCAUGCAAUAUCGGACCCUCUUAGAAGCAGAAAUGUUAGCAUUCCACAUCAAUGCUAGUUACCCUCGAAUAUGGAACAUGCCACAGUCAUGGCAGUGUGAAUUAGAGGUUUAUAAAGCCACCUACCACUUCAUCUUUGCACAGAAGAACUUCUUUACAGAUUUAAUUCAAGACUGGUCUAGUGAUAGUGCUCCAGACAUUUUUUCAUUUGUUCCGUAUACAUGGAAUUUUAAAAUUAUGUUUCAUCAAUUUGAAAUGAUUUGGGCUGCUAAUCAACACAAUUGGAUUGACUGUUCCACAAAACAACAGGAAAAUGUGUAUUUGGCAGCCUGUGGGGAAACACUAAACAUUGAUUUUUCUUUGCCUUUUACGGACUUUGUUCCAGCCACAUGUAAUACCAAGUUCUCUUUAAGAGGAGAAGAUGUUGAUCUUCAUUUGUUUCUACCAGAUUGUCACCCUAGUAAAUAUUCAUUAUUUAUGCUGGUAAAAAAUUGCCACCCAAAUAAGAUGAUUCAUGAUACUGGUAUUCCUGCUGAAUGUCAGAGUGGCCAGAAAACAGUUAAGCCAAAAUGGCGCAAUGUUACUCAGGAAAAGGCUGGCUGGGUUGAAUGCUGGACUGUCCCAAGUGUCAUGCUUACAAUUGAUUAUACAUGGCAUCCAAUUUAUCCACAAAAAGCAGAUGAACAGCUAAAACAAUCAUUGUCAGAAAUGGAAGAGACAAUGCUGUCUGUAUUGAGGCCAUCCCAGAAAGCAUCAGACAGAGUUGUUUCUUCUCCCUCUCCUUCUUCACGCCCACCUGUUGAUCCCUCAGAACUUCCACCUGAUAAACUUCAUGUAGAAAUGGAACUUUCUCCAGAUUCUCAGAUAACUCUUUAUGGACCUCUAUUAAAUGCUUUUUUGUGUAUAAAGGAAAACUACUUUGGAGAAGAUGACAUGUAUAUAGAUUUUGAAGAGGUUAUUUCAAGUCCUGUUCUGUCACUGUCUACAUCAUCCAGCUCUGGGUGGACUGCUGUUGGAAUGGAAAAUGACAAAAAGGAAAAUGAAAGUUCAGCCAAGUCAAUUCACCCACUUACCUUGCGUCCUUGGGAUAUUACUGUACUUGUUAAUUUAUACAAAGUUCAUGGGCGUCUUCCUGUUCAUGGAACUGCUGAUGGUCCUGAAUGCCCUACAGCUUUCUUGGAAAGACUAUGUUUUGAAAUGAAAAAAGGAUUUAGAGAGACCAUGUUACAACUUAUCCUGUCACCCCUGAAUGUAUUUGUCAGUGAUAACUAUCAGCAGCGACCCCCUGUGGAUGAAGUACUCAGGGAAGGUCACAUCAAUUUGUCAGGUCUUCAGUUGAGAGCACAUGCUAUGUUCUCAGCAGAAGGUCUACCUUUAGGAAGUGAUUCCUUGGAGUAUGCAUGGUUAAUUGAUGUGCAGGCUGGAAGCAUUACAGCUAAGGUCACAGCACCACAGCUGGCAUGCCUCUUGGAGUGGGGACAGACAUUUGUUUUUCACGUGGUAUGUCGGGAGUAUGAACUGGAAAGACCAAAGUCGGUAAUAAUAUGUCAGCAUGGAAUUGAUCGUCGGUUCUGUGAAUCCAAGUUGAGUUGUAUUCCUGGGCCUUGUCCAACGUCAGAUGAUUUAAAAUAUACUAUGACUCGAUUAGGAGUUGAUGGGGCUGAUCUUUAUAUUGUUGAGCAUGGUUGUGCUACAAAUAUAAAGAUGGGUGCUAUUCGAGUUGCAAACUGUAAUCUCCACAAUCAAUCAGUUGGGGAAGGAAUAAGUGCUGCAAUUCAGGAUUUUCAAGUGAGACAGUACAUUGAACAAUUGAAUAAUUGCAGAGUUGGACUUCAGCCUGCAGUUCUGCGGAGGGCCUAUUGGCUUGAAGCUGGGUCAGCCAAUUUAGGACUUAUUACUGUUGAUAUUGCAUUAGCUGCUGAUCAUCAUUCUAAACAUGAGGCACAAAGACAUUUCUUAGAAACUCAUGAUGCUAGAACUAAGAGGUUGUGGUUUUUGUGGCCAGACGACAUCUUGAAGAAUAAGAGGUGUAGAAACAAAUGUGGUUGUCUUGGUGGCUGCAGAUUUUUUGGUGGCACAGUAACUGGCCUAGAUUUCUUCAAGCUUGAAGAGUUGACCCCUUCCAGUAGCUCUGCAUUUUCAAGCACGAGUGCGGAGUCUGAUAUGUAUUAUGGACAAUCUCUGCUACAGCCUGGAGAAUGGAUUAUUACUAAAGAAAUUCCCAAAAUUAUAGAUGGUAACAUGAAUGGCAUGAAGAGGAAAGACUGGGAGAACAAAACAGUGGGAAUAGAAGUAGAGAGGAAAACUCAGCACCUCAGUCUUCAAGUUCCAUUACGAUCUCACAGUUCAUCCUCUUCUUCAGAAGAGAAUAGCAGUUCUAGUGCUGCACAGCCUUUGUUGGCCAGUGAAAAGGAAAGUCCCUCUUCCGUUGCUGAUGACCAUUUGGUUCAAAAAGAGUUCAUGCAUGGUACAAAAAGAGAUGAUGGACAAGUGAGUAUUCCUACAGAAAUUUCAGGAAAUAGCCCUGUGUCUCCUAAUACUCAGGAUAAGUCAGUAGGUCAAUCUCCUCUUAGAUCUCCCUUGAAACGACAAGCUUCUGUCUGUUCCACUCGACUUGGAAGUACUAAGAGUCUCACGGCUGCUUUCUAUGGGGACAAGCAGCCUGUCACAGUUGGAGUACAGUUCAGCAGUGAUGUCUCUCGAAGUGAUGAGAAUGUAUUAGACUCACCAAAACAGAGGAGAAGUUUUGGUUCCUUCCCAUACACACCAUCAGCAGACUCCAAUUCAUUUCAUCAGUAUCGAUCAAUGGAUUCCAGCAUGUCCAUGGCUGAUAGUGAAGCCUACUUUUCUGCAGCUGAGGAAUUUGAGCCCAUUAGCAGUGAUGAAGGUCCUGGAACUUAUCCAGGUAGAAAAAAGAAGAAAAAGCAAACUCAGCAGAUUGACUACAGUAGGGGUUCCAUAUAUCACAGUGUAGAAGGACCACUUACUGGCCAUGGAGAAAGCAUUCAGGAUUCCCGAACUCUGCCGUUCAAAACCCAUCCGUCUCAGGCUUCAUUUGUUUCUGCAUUGGGUGGAGAAGAUGAUGUUAUAGAACAUCUAUAUAUUGUGGAAGGUGAGAAGACAGCAGAGAGCGAACAGAUUACUUCCCAACAACCUGUGAUGAAUUGUUAUCAAACUUACCUUACCCAGUUCCAGGUGAUUAAUUGGUCAGUUAAGCACCCAGCCAACAAAAGAACCUCUAAGUCCUCAUUACAUCGUCCCCUUGAUCUGGAUACACCCACCAGUGAAGAAAGUUCAUCAUCAUUUGAACAGCUUUCAGUUCCAACUUUUAAGGUUAUCAAGCAGGGGCUCACAGCCAAUUCUUUGCUAGACAGAGGCAUGCAACUUUCAGGAUCAACUUCAAAUACACCAUAUACUCCACUAGAAAAGAAAGUCGUUGAUAACACUGAUGAUGAAACAUUAACAGAAGAGUGGACCCUGGAUCAACCAGUCUCUCAGACCAAGACAACAGCCAUAGUUGAAGUAAAGGGAACUGUGGAUAUUGUUUUGACUCCCCUGGUGGCUGAAGCUUUAGACAGGUAUAUUGAAGCGAUGGUUCAUUGUGCUAGUACCCGACAUCCAGCUGCAAUUGUAGAUGACCUCCAUGCUAAAGUCCUUAGGGAAGCUGUGCAAAAUAGCAAGACUACUUUCUCAGAAAAUUUAUCUUCCAAACAAGACGUUCAAGGAACAAAAACUGAGCACCCUACAAUAGGAACCACUAACCAAGGACAAGCACAGACAAAUCUUACAAUGAAGCAAGAUAAUGUAACAAUUAAAGGUCUUCAGACUAAUGUUAGCAUACCAAAGAUAAACUUAUGUUUAUUACAAGCCUCAGUGGAAGAGUCUACAACUACAGCUCCUGGUAGGAGUGUUACUCAUGUUUCCCUAGUGGCGUUGUGUUUUGACAGAAUUGCUACACAAGUUCGUAUGAACAGAGGUGUGAUUGAAGAGACUUCAAACAAUGCAGAACCUGGUAGAAUAUCAAAUUUUGAUAGAUAUGUUCAUGCCACUAAGAUGCAGCCUCAGUCUUCUGGAUCUCUCAGAUCAAAUGCUGGAGCAGAGAAAGGCAAAGAAAUUGCAGCCAAAUUAAACAUCCAUCGAGUUCAUGGGCAACUUAGGGGUCUUGAUACAACAGACAUUGGGACAUGUGCCAUCACUGCUAUUCCUUUUGAGAAAUCCAAAGUUUUAUUCACUCUUGAGGAGAUGGAUGAAUUCACUUUUGUGGAUGAAACUGAUCAGCAGACUGUUCCAGAUGUAACUCGAAUAGGUCCUAGCCAAGAAAAAUGGGGUUGGAUAAUGUUUGAGUGUGGACUUGAAAAUUUAACCAUAAAAGGAGGAAGACAGUCUGGUGCUGUUUUAUAUAAUAGUUUUGGAAUUAUGGGUAAAGCUAGUGUCACAGAACGAGGUGGAGUGCUGACAUCAAAUAAUUCUUCUGAUUCUCCAACUGGCAGUGGCUAUAAUACUGAUGUCUCUGAUGAUAAUCUUCCAUGUGAUCGGACAAGCCCCUCCUCGGACUUAAAUGGGAAUUCUGUUUCAGAUGAACAAGAUGAAGGAGUUGAAUCUGAUGAUUUGAAAAAAGAUCUACCUCUAAUGCCUCCACCUCCAGACUCAUGUAGCAUGAAGCUGACCAUUAAAGAAAUUUGGUUUAGUUUUGCAGCUCCCACCAAUGUGAGAUCUCACACACAUGCAUUUUCUAGGCAGCUGAACCUUUUAAGCACUGCAACUCCAGCUGUUGGUGCAUGGCUUGUUCCCAUUGAUCAACUCAAGUCAUCUUUAAACAAGUUGGAAACUGAAGGAACCUUGAGAAUUUGUGCUGUUAUGGGAUGCAUAAUGACAGAAGCACUAGAGAAUAAAAGUGUACAUUUUCCCCUAAGAAGUAAGUACAACAGACUUACAAAAGUUGCUCGCUUUCUCCAAGAAAAUCCUUCGUGUUUACUAUGUAAUAUACUACACCACUACCUGCACCAGGCAAAUUACUCCGUCAUUGAUGAUGCUACAAUGAGUGAUGGACUUCCUGCUUUGGUGACCUUAAAAAAAGGGUUAGUUGCAUUGGCGAGACAGUGGAUGAAGUUUAUUGUGGUGACACCAGCCUUUAAAGGAGUUAGCUUACAUAGACCAACUCAGCCUCUGAAACCUCAAAUAGCUAUGGAGCAUGAGCAUGAAGAUGGACUUGGGCUGGACAAUGGAGGUGGUCUUCAAAGUGAUACUAGUGCUGAUGGAGCAGAAUUUGAGUUUGAUGCAGCCACUGUCAGUGAACACACAAUGCUUCUAGAAGGAACAGCUAACCGGCCACCUCCUGGUAGCUCCGGACCUGUAACUGGAGCUGAGAUAAUGAGGAAACUCUCUAAAACUCAUACCCAUAGUGAUUCUGCAUUAAAAAUAAAGGGCAUUCACCCAUAUCAUUCUCUGAGCUAUACCAGUGGAGACACUGCCACAGAUUCUCCAGUUCAUGUUGGACGUGCUGGGAUGCCAGUAAAGGAGAGUCCAAGGAAGGAGAGCCUCCUCAGCUACCUGACUGGAAGCUUCCCCAGCUUGCACAACCUCCUGGAAGGGACUCCUCAGAGAAGUAGCACAGCAGUGAAAAGUAGCUCCCUAACAAGAGCAGGAAACACAGUGGCCACUGAUAUGUUAUCUGAACAUCCCUUGUUAUCUGAGCCAUCAUCUGUGAGUUUCUAUAAUUGGAUGUCAAAUGCUGUGGGUAAUCGAGGAAGUGUGGUACAAGAAUCUCCUGUUACAAAAUCAGGACACAAUAGUCUUCCAACAGGUGUUGCACCCAAUCUUCCUACAAUACCCUCAGCCUCAGAUUUCAACACUGUCUUAUCUAGUGACCAGAAUACUUUGGAUGGGACACAUUCGCAGCAUAGCACUAGUCAGGAUGAUGUGGCUGGUGUAGAAGAAGCGAACCAAGGGUUUCCUGCUGUUCAGCUUGCUGAUGCACAGGUUGUUUUCAAACCUCUUCUGAGUCAUACAGGGAUCCAGUCACAGGAUACAAUGCCACUAUGCUACCGAAUGUACUUUGGAGAACACCUUUCAUUUUCAGGGACUUUGGACUGCCUCAGAGCAGAUAUUGUGGAUUCAGACACAGCCAAAGAGAGAAAAGGCAAACAAACGAGAAGGCAAGGCCAUGUGAAUCUUCCUCCACUUGAGUUCAAACCAGCAUUAAUGUUGGAAACCUUUAGCAUCAGUGCUGUUGUAAUGGAAAAAUCUGUGUGCACCCCUCAGAACUCCACUAGUGCCCUUUCUUUUCAUGAUCUCAGCAAGCGUUAUUAUAAUACCUUUCACUGCAACUUCACCAUUUCUUGUCAGUCAAUAAGCCAGCAUGUAGAUAUGGCUUUGGUUCGUCUUAUUCAUCAGUUUAGUACAAUGAUAGAUGACAUCAAAGCAACUCAGACUGAUAUUAAACUUAGCAGAUACACAGCUGGAUCUGCUUCUCCAACACCUACCUUCAAAACCAGAAAACAUCGGGAUUUUCGUUCAUCUGACUUCAGCCGCAGUUCUAGAGGAAGUCUUAACGGUGGCAAUAGAGUCAAUAAUGCAAAGAACAAACGGACCAACAAUGAGAAUAACAAAAAGGAAUCUCGAAACAAAAAUUCAUUAGGAAGAUCUGAAAGAAGAACUUCAAAAGUGUCUAGGAAAGGUUCAAAAGAUGUGGUAGAUCACAUGACUAUCCAUAUGGAUGACUCUGAUUCAAUUACAGUGUCAGAACAAAGUGAGCCUUCAGCUGAGUGCUGGCAGAAUAUGUAUAAAUUACUUAACUUUUAUUCACUUAUCUCUGAUCCGACAGGAAUAUUGGAAAAAUCUUCAGAAACAUUUGGGCCAGCAGGAGUCCGGAGCCCUACAGAGCCAACAUGUAAAGUUGUGUUUGAGAAUGAACAAGACAACAACAGUUUGACUAAAACACAGAGGAAACGCAGCUUGGUAACUUCUGAACCCCAGUAUGUUACUCUGAUAGUGUUUGGGAUUGGCAUGGUGAACCGCACACAUCUAGAGGCAGAUAUUGGUGGACUGACAAUGGAAUCAGAGCUGAAGAGGAUCCAUGGCAGUUUUACUCUUAAGGAAAAAAUGAAAGAUGUUUUACAUCAAAAGAUGACUGAGACAUGUGCCACUGCUCAUAUUGGUGGGGUUAAUAUUGUGCUGCUUGAGGGGAUUACACCAAAUAUACAACUGGAGGAUUUUCCUACAUCUCCAACAAGUACAGCCAAACAAGAGUUUCUAACGGUAGUGAAAUGUAGUAUUGCCAAGUCCCAAGCCCUCUACAGUGCUCAGAGAGGACUGAAGACAAACAAUGCUGCUGUGUUCAAAGUAGGAGCUAUCAGCAUUAACAUUCCUCAGCACCCUGCCACCUUACACAGCAUGAUGGUUCGAAGUUCUCACCAACUGUCUAAGCAAAUCUCAGACCUCAUCAGACAGCCUUCUGCUGCCCCACAGCCUGUAAAAGAAGAUAUUGCAACCCCACUACCUUCUGAGAAAACUCCAACAAGUGUUAAUCAAACGCCUAUUGAAACAAAUGAAUUUCCUCAGUUACCCGAAGGCUUAGAAAAGAAGCCUAUUGUUCUUAAAUUCAGUGCCAUGUUAGAUGGUAUAGCCAUUGGAGCAGCACUUUUACCCUCUCUGAAAGCAGAAUACAAGAUGGGAAGAAUGAGGAGUCAUGGAAUGACAGGUGCACAGACAAGAUUUACAUUUGAAUUGCCAAAUCACAGAUUGCGUUUUACUUCAAAAGUUUCUGCCACAGAUAUGUCAACCAUUCCUCCUUCUGCCAGUCUUAACCUUCCUCCAGUUACCAUGUCAGGGAAAUAUGUAAUGGAAGAACAUGAUAGUUACUCAGAUCAGGUGUGGAGUAUAGACGAACUGCCUUCUAAACAGGGUUACUAUUUACAGGGAAAUUAUCUACGUUGUGUGGCGGAAGUUGGGUCUUUUGAACAUAAUCUCACAACUGAUCUUCUAAACCACUUGGUAUUUGUUCAGAAAGUGUUCAUGAAGGAAGUUAAUGAAGUAAUACAAAAAGUUUCUGGUGGGGAGCAGCCUAUUCCUCUCUGGAAUGAACAUGAUGGAACAGCAGAUGGAGAUAAGCCAAAGAUUCUUCUCUAUUCCCUGAACUUGCAGUUUAAGGGUAUUCAAGUAACAGCCACCACUCCAUCAAUGAGAGCUGUAAGAUUUGAAACUGGAUUGAUUGAACUGGAACUUUCUAACCGACUUCAAACCAAAGCUUCACCAGGAAGUAGCAGCUAUCUGAAACUAUUUGGUAAAUGCCAAGUAGAUUUAAAUCUGGCAUUAGGACAAAUUGUAAAGCAUCAGGUAUAUGAAGAAGCUGGUUCUGAUUUUCAUCAAGUUGCCUAUUUUAAAACUAGAAUUGGAUUAAGAAAUGCCCUUCGGGAAGAAAUCAGUGGUUCUUCAGAUAGGGAAGCUGUACUUAUUACCUUGAAUAGACCAAUUGUUUAUGCACAGCCUGUGGCUUUUGAUAGAGCUGUGCUGUUUUGGCUGAAUUACAAGGCUGCCUAUGACAACUGGAAUGAACAGCGAAUGGCUUUACAUAAGGACAUUCAUAUGGCUACAAAGGAAGUCGUAGAUAUGCUACCUGGUAUCCAGCAAACAUCAGCUCAGGCCUUUGGAACUCUUUUCCUCCAGCUCACUGUCAAUGACCUGGGAAUUUGUCUACCUAUCACAAAUACAGCACAGUCUAAUCACACUGGAGACCUUGACACUGGUUCUGCUUUGGUAUUGACCAUUGAAAGCACUCUCAUUACUGCUUGCUCUUCAGAGUCGCUGGUUAGCAAAGGGCAUUUCAAAAACUUUUGUAUCCGUUUUGCUGAUGGUUUUGAGACAUCUUGGGAUGACUGGAAACCAGAAAUUCGUGGAGAUUUAGUGAUGAAUGCCUGUGUAGUUCCAGAUGGCACUUAUGAAGUAUGUUCAAGGACUACAGGACAAGCAGCAGCUGAAAGUAGUAGUGCUGGAACCUGGACACUCAAUGUGUUGUGGAAAAUGUGCGGGAUUGAUGUCCACAUGGAUCCUAACAUUGGCAAGAGGCUUAAUGCUCUGGGCAAUACGCUCACAACAUUGACGGGAGAGGAGGACAUAGAUGACAUUGCUGACCUAAAUUCAGUGAACAUAGCUGACCUGUCAGAUGAGGAUGAAGUUGAUACUAUGUCUCCCACUAUCCAUACUGAAGCUGUAGAUUAUCGAAGACAAGGAACUACCUCUAGCCAGCCAGGAGAACUUAGAGGAAGAAAAAUUAUGAAGCGCAUAGUGGAUAUCAGAGAACUGAAUGAGCAGGCCAAAGUAAUAGAUGACCUGAAAAAAUUAGGUGCAAGUGAAGGAACCAUAAACCAGGAAAUUCAGCGUUACCAACAGUUAGAAUCUGUGGCUGUAAAUGACAUUCGAAGAGAUGUUCGGAAAAAAUUACGAAGAUCCAGUAUGCGAGCUGCUUCCCUAAAGGAUAAGUGGGGUCUGAGUUACAAACCAAGUUACAGCCGAUCAAAAAGCAUUUCUGCUUCUGGAAGACCACCUCUUAAGCGAAUGGAAAGGGCAAGUUCUCGAGUAGGAGAAACUGAAGAGCUCCCAGAAAUCCGUGUGGAUGCAGCAUCUCCUGGACCUAGAGUAACUUUUAAUAUCCAAGAUACAUUUCCAGAGGAGACAGAACUGGACCUUUUGUCAGUAACCAUUGAAGGUCCAUCCUAUUAUUCAUCAAAUAGUGAAGGAUCAUGUUCCGUGUUCAGUUCUCCAAAAACUCCAGGAGGCUUUUCACCCAGCAUUCCUUUCCAAUCUGAAGAGGGCCGACGGGAUGAUAGUUUGUCUUCUACCAGUGAAGAUUCUGAGAAGGAUGAAAAGGAUGAAGAUCAUGAGAGGGAAAGGUUUUAUAUUUACAGGAAACCCUCACAUACAUCUCGUAAAAAGGCAACGGGCUUUGCUGCUGUUCAUCAACUAUUUACAGAACGCUGGCCAACAACACCAGUCAACAGAAGUCUUAGUGGUACAGCUACAGAGAGGAAUAUUGACUUUGAACUUGAUAUACGGGUUGAAAUUGAUAGUGGAAAAUGUGUACUCCACCCAACCACUCUUCUACAAGAACAUGAUGACAUAAGCUUGAGAAGGAGUUAUGAUAGAAGUUCCAGGAGCUUAGAUCAAGAUUCACCUUCAAAAAAGAAGAAGUUUCAAACUAAUUAUGCUUCUACCACACAUUUAAUGACUGGCAAGAAGGUGCCAUCAUCUCUUCAGACAAAGCCUAGUGACUUAGAAACAACUGUAUUUUAUAUUCCUGGAGUUGAUGUAAAGUUGCAUUACAAUUCCAAGACACUAAAGACUGAAUCACCCAAUGCCUCCAGGGGAUCUUCCUUGCCAAGAACACUCUCCAAAGAGUCCAAGCUGUAUGGUAUGAAAGAUAGUGCAGCAUCUCCUCCUUCUCCUCCCUUACCUUGCACUGUCCAGAGCAAGACUAACACCUUACUUCCUCCCCAGCCCCCACCUAUUCCUUCAGCCAAAGGAAAAGGAAGUGGAGGAGUAAAAACAGCCAAGUUAUAUGCCUGGGUAGCACUUCAGUCAUUGCCAGAAGAAAUGGUCAUUAGUCCCUGCCUGCUAGAUUUUCUGGAAAAAGCUCUAGAAACUAUUCCGAUUACACCAAUUGAAAGGAAUUAUACAGCUAUCAGCUCACAAGAUGAAGAUAUGGGACAUUUUGAAAUACCAGAUCCUAUGGAAGAAUCAACAACAUCACUAGUAUCAUCUUCUACAUCUGCUUACUCUUCCUUCCCUGUGGAUGUCGUGGUUUAUGUACGAGUUCAGCCCUCACAAAUCAAGUUUAGCUGUUUACCAGUAUCAAGAGUAGAAUGCAUGCUAAAGCUGCCAUCCCUGGACUUGGUAUUUUCUUCAAACCGAGGAGAACUGGAAACUUUAGGGGCAAUGUAUCCUGCAGAGACUUUAUCCCCCGGAGGUAAUGCUACUCAGAGUGGAACAAAAACCUCUGCUAGCAAAACUGGAAUUCCAGGCUCAUCAGGAUUAGGCAGCCCUCUUGGCCGAAGUCGACACAGUAGUAGUCAGUCAGAUCUGACCGGUUCUAGCAGUAGUUCAUCUGGCUUGAGCUUCACUGCAUGUAUGUCUGACUUUUCCCUUUAUGUAUUUCAUCCAUAUGGAGCAGGAAAACAAAAAACUGCUGGCCUUACACCUGGAUCAGGAGGAUUAGGGAAUGUUGAUGAGGAACCCACUUCAGUCACUGGUCGAAAAGAUUCACUCAGUAUAAACCUUGAAUUUGUUAAAGUGAGUUUGUCUCGGAUAAGGCGUUCAGGAGGCGCCUCAUUUUUUGAAAGUCAGUCUGUAAGCAAGUCUGCAAGCAAAAUGGACACUACCUUAAUAAAUAUAUCUGCUGUUUGUGAUAUAGGGUCUGCCUCCUUUAAAUAUGAUAUGCGCCGACUCAGUGAAAUUCUGGCAUUUCCAAGAGCAUGGUAUAGAAGAAGUAUUGCAAGACGUCUAUUUCUCGGAGACCAAACCAUAAAUUUGCCAACAUCUGGUCCAGGGACACCUGAUUCCAUUGAAGGGGUAAGCCAACACCUUUCCCCUGAAUCAUCAAGAAAAGCUUACUGCAAAACCUGGGAGCAGCCAAGUCAGUCAGCAUCCUUCACCCACAUGCCUCAGUCACCUAAUGUGUUCAAUGAGCAUAUGACAAAUAGCACUAUGUCACCAGGGACAGCAGCACAGAGCCUAAAAUCACCAGCUUCCAUCAGAUCAAGGAGUGUAUCUGACUCUUCAGUUCCUCGAAGAGAUUCACUUUCAAAAACAUCAACUCCUUUUAACAAGUCAAACAAAGCAGCAAGCCAACAAGGGACCCCAUGGGAAACACUUGUCGUGUUUGCUAUCAACUUGAAGCAAUUAAACGUUCAAAUGAAUAUGAGUAAUGUAAUGGGAAAUACAACUUGGACAACUAGUGGUUUGAAGAGCCAGGGCCGACUGUCAGUAGGAAGUAAUCGUGAUCGAGAAAUUAGCAUGUCCGUUGGUCUGGGAAGAUCACAGUUAGAUUCUAAAGGAGGAGUAGUUGGAGGAACCAUAGACGUCAAUGCUUUGGAGAUGGUUGCUCAUAUUUCUGAACAUCCGAAUCAGCAACCCAGUCACAAAAUUCAGAUUACUAUGGGUUCUACUGAAGCUCGUGUGGAUUACAUGGGCUCAAGUAUCCUCAUGGGGAUCUUCAGUAAUGCUGACCUUAAGCUUCAGGAUGAAUGGAAAGUUAAUCUGUAUAAUACAUUGGAUUCAAGCAUAACUGAUAAAAGUGAGAUCUUUGUCCAUGGCGAUUUGAAGUGGGAUAUUUUCCAAGUAAUGAUAUCAAGAUCUACCACACCAGACCUGAUAAAAAUAGGAAUGAAGCUGCAAGAAUUUUUCACACAACAGUUUGACACCAGUAAACGGGCUCUGUCUACCUGGGGACCAGUUCCUUAUCUUCCACCAAAGACGAUGACUAACAACCUAGAGAAAAGUUCACAAGAACAAUUGCUUGAUGCAGCUCAUCAUCGACAUUGGCCUGGAGUACUGAAGGUGGUAUCAGGAUGCCACAUAUCCUUAUUUCAGAUUCCAUUACCAGAAGAUGGAAUGCAAUUUGGAGGAUCAAUGAGCUUGCAUGGAAAUCAUAUGACACUGGCUUGUUUUCAUGGCCCAAAUUUCCGUUCAAAAUCUUGGGCCCUUUUUCAUUUAGAAGAACCAAAUAUUGCUUUUUGGACCGAAGCUCAGAAAAUCUGGGAAGAUGGCUCAAGUGACCACUCUACAUAUAUUGUGCAAACACUGGAUUUUCAUCUGGGUCAUAACACUAUGGUUACCAAACCGUGUGGUGCUUUGGAAAGUCCUAUGGCAACAAUAACCAAGAUAACAAGGCGCCGCCAUGAAAAUCCACCCCAUGGAGUAGCAAGUGUGAAAGAAUGGUUCAAUUAUGUCACAGCUACAAGGAAUGAAGAGCUAAACUUACUCCGUAAUGUGGAUGCUAAUAACACUGAGAAUAGCACUACUGUGAAGAAUUCUAGUUUGCUGAGCGGAUUCAGAGGAGGUUCUAGCUAUAACCAUGAAACAGAGACUAUCUUUGCAUUACCAAGGAUGCAGCUUGACUUUAAAUCCAUUCAUGUUCAAGAACCACAGGAACCUUCAUUACAGGAUGCCAACUUGAAGCCAAAAGUAGAAUGUAGUGUGGUGACAGAGUUCACUGACCACAUUUGUGUGACUAUGGAUGCUGAGCUCAUCAUGUUUCUUCAUGAUUUAGUGUCAGCUUAUCUUAAAGAAAAAGAAAAAGCCAUUUUUCCACCUCGGAUUUUAUCUACUCGACCAGGACAGAAAAGUCCAAUUAUUAUACAUGAUGACAAUUCCUCUGACAAAGACCGAGAAGAUGGCAUCACUUAUACUACUGUAGACUGGAGAGAUUUUAUGUGCAAUACAUGGCAUCUAGAACCCACUCUAAGAUUAAUUUCUUGGACUGGAAGAAAGAUUGACCCAGUAGGCGUUGAUUAUAUUCUUCAAAAAUUGGGCUUUCAUCAUGCCAGGACUACUAUUCCUAAAUGGCUUCAGAGAGGAGUCAUGGACCCACUAGACAAGGUUCUGUCAGUUCUUAUCAAAAAGCUUGGUACUGCACUACAGGACGAAAAGGAAAAGAAAGGAAAAGACAAAGAAGAACACUAAAAAUGUUAUUUGAUCUGUGAACAAAUUAUGAUUGUGUCCGUUAAGUUUUAUUACACUGGAGUGUUAUUCUUUUUUAGUAUACUUUUAAAUAUAACUUUAAAAUAAUUCUAACUUUGUGGCCAUUAUAUUAAAAGUUUGUAAGUUAACCUGCUUAUUCUAGUUCCACCAUUCUGUGUACUAUGAAGUAUUGCAUGAUAAUGUAAAUUUUGUGAAAAACUAGAUUAAAAUAUAUAAAUCUACUUAUUAGGGUUUAUAAUUGUAUUAUGUGCAAUAUGAUUCCUGCAUCUUUAAAGUAUUUGCAGAAUAACUGUGAAUUUUUUUGUUAUUGGCCAUAACUUUUAGAAAAAAAAUCUUGUUGAUAAUGUGAUUUUUGGGGGGUCAUUAAUCUUUUUUUAACAUAAACUUGUAUAAAUGCCUAUUUGUAUAUAGCUUGAGUAAUUGUGAUAUGAUUAUAUACACUAAAAUAUUAUUUGUAACUAUUGUAAUAAAAUCACAAUAAUGGCUUCAGUC